CGCUUCCUCUUUUAUAUCCUUGUUAUAUUUUGAGCUAGUAUACGAAUUGUCUGUCUUACAUAGUGCCCUUAAGGUGUUCGAUAUUAAUCUACUCAGUUUUCUUCUCUACAAGACAUGGGCAAAGCUUCUCGGGACAAAAGGGAUAUCUACUAUCGUAAAGCCAAAGAAGAAGGAUGGCGUGCGAGAAGUGCUUUUAAGCUUCUUCAGAUUGAUGAAGAAUUUAACAUUUUUGAAGGAGUGAAGAGGGUUGUAGAUUUAUGUGCUGCACCUGGUAGCUGGAGUCAGGUCUUGAGUCGUCAAUUGUAUCUUCCAGCAAAGUUGUCAGCUGAAUCAAAAGAAGGAGAUCUUCCUCUUAUAGUGGCCAUAGAUUUGCAGCCUAUGGCUCCAAUUGAAGGUGUCAUCCAGGUUCAAGGGGACAUAACUAAUGCUCGGACUGCUGAAGUGGUCAUUAGACACUUUGAUGGCUGCAAAGCAGACCUCGUUGUCUGUGAUGGUGCUCCAGAUGUUACCGGUUUGCAUGACAUGGAUGAAUUUGUCCAGUCCCAACUAAUUCUAGCGGGCUUAACGAUUGUAACCCAUGUUCUUAAAGAAGGUGGAAAAUUUAUUGCAAAGAUAUUCCGCGGAAAAGAUACAAGUCUCUUGUACUGUCAACUGAAGUUGUUUUUCCCAACUGUAACUUUCGCGAAACCGAAAAGUAGCCGCAAUUCGAGUAUAGAGGCUUUUGCUGUUUGCGAAAAUUACGCUCCACCAGAAGGAUUUAACCCGAAAGAUCUGCACCGUCUCUUGGAGAAAGUCGGAAGCCCUUCAGGUGGAAGCGAUCUUGAUUGCAGCAGUGGUUGGCUUGAAGGGCCCAACAAAGUUUAUAUACCAUUCUUGGCAUGUGGUGACUUAACGGGUUACGACUCAGACCGGUCUUACCCACUUCCUAAAGAAGCAGAUGGAUCGUCAUACCAGAGUCUAGACCCAAUUCAACCUCCGAUAGCACCACCUUAUAAACGAGCUCUUGAGCUCAAGAAAGCUUCAGCGCAAAGCUUCAACUCUUGAAUUCUUCUAUGAAACUAAUAAUUUGUCUUUUUUUGCAUAUGAAUAUUAUUGUUAGGAAGCAAAAUAGUACAUCACGAAAUUUCUAUCGAUUAAUGUGUUUCAUGACAUUCGAAAGCUGUAAAUGAAAAGUAAACAGAGUUGUGAACGGUA